AACUCUUUGGAUUUACGACACAAACAAAAAUCCAAACCAAUAUAAAUGCCUUUCGUCGAAAGAUUCGUACAAAUUCGUAAUUUUGUUAUGAACGUCUGUCUCGUCGAGGCCAUACAAUUCGUCCAGGAUCUAACCCAUGCUAUUUGUUUGGACUUUCAAGGCCUCUUCAAUCUCAAAUAGAGCUGGCGAACUGGUUCGCUCAUCUCAUCAAUCGCAGUGUUGCUCAGGAGCAACACACCCCAAACACAUAUACGCAUACACGAACACACACGCACACACACACACUCAAACCCACUCAAACUCAAGCACUCACAUACACACAGGAAGACAAAUUCCUCCACAACCUCCCGACGGACAGCCACUAAACGACCUUUUUGCUUGGUUUU